UUCGUUGCUAGAGGCAAUUUCCGGUGUGCAGUUACCAAGGUCCGAUGGAACUUGUACCCGUUGUGUCAUGGAAUUGCGUUUAGCCGAGUCUCAGGAACCAUGGCAAUGUCAAGUUUCUUUACGUCGCGAAUAUGAUGAGGACGGAAAAACACCCCUUCCUCGUACAACAGAAACGAAAUUUGGGAAUAGUAUUGAUGAUCCUAAGGAUGUCGAACUCAUGGCUCGUAGAGCACAAAAGGCUUUGCUAAAUCCUUCGAAUAAUAGUGAUCAAUAUAUUGAUUGGAUUUUUAAUGACGACAACGAUGCUGAUACCAAUAGCCUCAAAUUUACGAAAAAUGUUGUUUGUUUAGAGAUAAAAGGAAAUGAUGUACCGAAUCUAAGUUUAAUCGAUCUACCAGGCAUUAUCCAUCAUACCGAAAAAGUAGAAGAUGAAAAGUUCGUUAAACUAAUCAAGGACCUCGCGGAAAGCUAUAUUAAGAGAGAAGCAUCCGUUAUUAUUGCGACUAUUUCGUGUAAAGAUGAAAUUGAGAAUCAAGAGAUAGUUUCCCUUGCAAGGACAGUGGAUCCGUCAGGACUUCGUACGCUUGGUGUUCUUACCAAACCUGACAUGAUUGAGCAAGGCACUCAUGAACCAUG